ACCAAGAGAGAAGAAAGAAUAUUUAUGUAUAUUUGCAUGGUUGCAGGUUUGGAGUGAAAGAAUUGGCGGUUCUGUGUGAAGGCCAAUCUAGUGAAGAGAUAUCUGUAGAAAAGCCAGUGGAUGAUAAAGACAAAGUUGGAAAUUUUGAGGAACUUUUGAAAUCCAUGUGGCAAGAUGAAGAAACCGCAGCAAAAUUUGUAUGCAGAGAUGAAAUCAAUGACAGUAUGAAUGAGCAGGAACUAGAGGAGAUUUAUGAGUUUGUGGCUACUCAGCGCAGAAUGACCUCUGAUGAAGCGAGGAAGGAAAAGGUCUGCACUGAAUGCAGAUAUGAUGAAGUGGAAAAGAAGAUUAGCCAAAUUGGUGCUUCUUGCCCAAGAAAAGCACUGGAGAAGCCCAGAAGAGCCAUGACAAUUAAGGAAGGUGAAAUAAAAUAUGAUCUAGAGUCAUCCAAAUUGAAAACCUCUAAUGCCAGCAUGGAAAAAGAUCUGAAAAAGUAUUCUGUUGAGUUCCAGCUGGAUUUUAAGGAAACAGUGUCCUUUGGAGCAAGUACUAGAAAAGAACCUACAAGUGAGAUUCAUCUCGGAUUAGAUAUGGAUUCCACUCAUAAUAAUCAUCUGGAGAGGUCUGCAACCCAAUUUUCUGUCUCAGAAAUGAAAUGUUCUCUCUGGAAGCAGAAUAUUAACAUAGCCAACAAUGAAACCACAACAAGAAAUUUUCCAAGACUUUUUCAAGCAUCAGCAAAAGAUCUCCAGAUUACUUUGUCAAGAGACCUAAAAGCUCCUUUGAUAACAUCUGCAUCACAGCCAAACAUAUUAGAUAGGCUUCCCUAUCAAAAUGGCAAGCAAGAGAAUGUAAAUAGGAAGGGAGAAGCUCCUAUUGGCAACCUAGAGAAGUCUGGUGCGGUGAAUCCUCAUGAACUGAAUAUUACGAGUGACCAUAUUGUAGUACUGGAUUCUGAUGAAGAGCUGGAACAGGAGGCAGAAAAGAAACAGGCAGAGGCCGCUUCAAGCUUCUCUGAGCAACAAUCAUGGCAUAAAGUGAGCGCUGUUGCCAACGUGAACUGCUGGAGCCCAUCUCCUCCCCAGCAGGAUGUAGGUAAAGUGGCAGAUGGAUUGGACACACUAAUUUGUAAUGAGGUACAAUCUUUGGAUGAAAGCCAUCAGCCCUUGAACCUGAGUAGUCACAAAGAAGGCAGCUUCUGGGAAGGUUUAGACAGGAGUGAAGGAAGGACAUUGGUGGUGCCUAAAACUCCUCUGCCAGCCUGGAAUAGCUUGGAUGACAUGCAGGUUGAAAAAUCCAGGUUGAAUUCUUCCCUUAAAAAGCAGUGGACUCAUGAAACCCAGACAGAACCGUUGUCUUGCAGCUAUAAACCUCUACCGGUGCUUUCAUCUACUUUGCUCAAAAUAGUGAAACCUAACAAUGGCCUGUGUGCAACAGAGAGAGAUGUGGUGGUUGUGGAUGACAGUGAGGAGGAACGGGAAGCAGUGCCACCAUGCUCAAGGGGCAUCUUUGUAGAAUCUUUGGAGGUAAGAACUCCAAAUGCCAGAAAUCCAUUGAAGGCCUCUGUGCACAUGUUUGACAUGCAGGACAAUCACCCUGUGAAUGUUGCUAGUAGUGUAGCUAAUUCAGCAGCCAUGUUCCAUUUUGGAGUGGGAGAUUUGCUACUGCACAACUCUCAGAAUUGGCCUGGAAAAGACUCUGACAGCAAUGAAGCUCUUCCUGCCUGCUCAAGUUUGUCAGCUUCCAUUCCUGUUCCAAAGAUUUCUGUCACAGAUCUUGCCUGCCAAGCCAGGGACAUCUCUUGCAUUUCUCCAUUCAUGCCCUUGCCACCUUAUUCAAGUAUGGACACCCCAGAGUUGAAGAAGGAAUUGAGCAGAUUUGGUGUCCGUGCUCUCCCAAAGCGGCAGAUGGUUUUAAAACUGAAGGAAAUUUUUCAAUUUACUCGCCAACAGGCAGGAACCGACUGUAAGAAAAAAUCUAUGCCAGUUGCUACCAGUUCUUUUCAGAAACUGCAGCAAAAAUGUCUUCCCCCUUAUCGACUGCUUCAGGGGAACCCAAAUACAACUAACCUUACAGAUCUUUCUGAAGGAGGCGCUCAGAGGCCAGAGGCUGGACUUGGGUGGCCAAAGAGAGCUGCUUUUCCUGCAAAGAGAUUAACUGAUGGAGAGGGCAAUGGAGAUCUAAUCCUGACAACUUCUCAAGUGUCAGCUGGCACAACAGGAGCUGGAAAUGAGACUUAUGCAGCAUCUCAAAGUUCAUCUGUGAAGUUUAAAAUCAGCAUGCUGUCAGAGAAAGAGGAAAAUGUACCAGCCUCUCAGAUUGCCGCUAGUGGUGAGGGUCAGCAACUGGAAUUCUUGAAGCACUAUAUUCAUUCCAACCCAUCUCUUUGCCAGCAAAUUCUGCUGUAUCAGCCCAUUGAACUUUCUGUACUGCAUGCAGAACUGAAGCAAAAUGGCAUAAGGAUUUCAUUGGACAAGUUACUGGACUUUUUGGAUGCAAACUGCAUCACGUUUACCACUGCAGAAGCUCGGAGAGAAAAACAAUACCUCCAUACAUCCAAGAGAAAGGGACAAAGGUGAUGCUAAGCCCUUUGGAUAUUCUCCCAAAAUGUGAACUCCUGGAGAUUUUUUCCUCUGCAACUUUCUAGUCACCUGCCUCUUCUCCUUUUUCAUGAUUAUGUAUUUUUCUUUGCUCAAUCCUUUUUUCGGGGGAAAUAAUCUGUGUUGGGGUUUGAAGUCAGAGUUGGUCACUUGCAACAGCUGUUCUCAGCCUUGCAUCCAAUCCUGAGGAAUGAUUUCAGCAUACAUGUUGGGACAACCUGUUGAGGCCUAGAAGUAUCUUCGGCAUAUCCUUACCCUGAUGGAUGGCUGAUGGAGGGAAAAACAUACUCCUUCAUUUGCAAAGAUAACUUUCACGUUUAUGUCACCUGAGACUACCACCCAAGUAAUUUAUUACAAAAUUGUCUCCCAGUGCAAAACUGGGAAGAAGAGAGCAAGAUGAUGUGAUGUGAGAGGGCAGCAUUUUUACUGAACACACUAUAAAUUCUUGCUUCUCAAAGACUUUGGAGGACUGGAGCCACUGUUAAUACUUGCAUAUGGAGAUGGUAAUGCAAGUCUUCAAUUAUACAAUUGAUUUCAUUUCUUACCUCCCCCCAUUAAAAAAAGCAAGAAAUUAUUUUAUGUACUAAAUGUGAACAUUUUUUUAAGUAUCAUUGGUCCCACAUUGCAAUUUUUUUAACUGUUGCUACCCAGAGUGAUGUAUAUAAGAUGGGCAGCCAUGUUUAUUAAAUAAAUGUUAAAAUUAUGUCAUGCCCUUAUGCAAGAGGUUUUACAUGACUUCCAUACCAUCACUUCACCUGAGGAAGGGUGGAUUUCUCUGUACAGUGUACCCUCUGUGUGGUAUUUUCAGUUACAUUGAAAUUGUAAUAUAUUAGAUACAUUUAUCAGUUAUGGUACCUGACAAAACCCAUCAUGUAUCUCCUAGUGAUCAUUUAGUGAGGCAGAGUAAGAAGCCCAAUUUUGCUUCCUUCAAAAAUAGUAUAGUCAUGGAGCAUCAUAGAUAGGACCAGGCUGGGAAAAUCAAUGAAAGACAUUGUCUUGUCCUUUCUGGAUCUGUUGUAUAGCUUCUUCAUUGUUCCUGCACAGAAAACCUUGGUUUUUUUUAUUUUACUUUAGGAAGCAUCUGUUUCAGUUAAACAGGUGCUCCUUUCCCAAAAUGCUUUUUAAAAAGCAAACAUUUCUAAUUUCUUUCUGUUGAUUCUCAUGAAUUAGUACAGCCAAGUAGUAGUGGGAAUAUAUUGCUCUUUAGUGCUUC